UCUCACUCCUAAGCCCACUCCCACCAAGAAUUCCCCCAAUUACAAUCCCGAUUCUCAUGGACUUCACCGGACCCUCCCCUUCCCGCUUCCAUCGCAACCAUCGCGGAAUUCCCUCCUCUGACCGUUUCCUCGCCGCCUACCCCCACGCGCCGUCAUCAUCCGACAAUCCCUCCUCCUCUUCCUCCGUUGCCGACGACGAGCUCAACGAAGACGAUAUCUUCACCACCGAUUUCUCUCACCACCACCAUCAAACGUCCACUCCCUCCUCCUCCUCCCCCUCCACCCCGCGCCUCCAUGACUAUAACCAUAAUAACAACAAGAAGAACACCUUCCAGAGAUCCGAGCUUUCUGGAAUACUCGCCGCGCUUCCCGAGACCGCUAACAGCAACCGGCCUAGCAAUUAUUUCUACCACAAGGCCUCGCUUUCCAACUCUGCUUCCUCCUCCUCCUCCGCCUCUUCCUCUUCCCGUAUGAUUCCCUCCGUUCCCAAACCCCCGCAGGAGAGGAUUCCUAUCCCUUCAUCCUCUCCUUUUGUCGGAGGGAAGUACCAUCAGUCUGCUCCAGUGAACGUGCCGGUCCUCUCGCGGGCGAUGAGGAGACACAGGGAUUUCGACGAAGUCGACGUGGGUGAGGACGUUGGGGAGGAAGGAGAGAUGUUGCCACCUCACGAGAUUGUGGCGAGGGACUCGGCGCAAACUCCGAUUCUCGCCUGCUCUGUGCUUGAAGGAGUUGGUCGGACGUUGAAAGGGAGGGAUCUGAGGCAGGUAAGAAAUGCUAUUUGGAGAAGAACCGGUUUUCUUGAUUGAUUCACCGACGCUUUAGCCAUUUUUUUUUUUUUUUCUUUAUUACAAAAUUUUGGAUCAAUUAUUGUAGUGGAUUGGUGAAGAUUCUUUUUUGAGUUAAUGUUAUUUACUGAUUCAGAUAUGUAAUUUUUUUUAUUUAAUUAUCAAGUUAUUUAUAUUUCUGAGGAAAGACUGUGUGUAUGUUGAUA